AUGAGCGUGAAGGAUGAACAUUUUGGCCCAGUUGACUCCAGGCUUGAAGAAGGCCAAAGUGAAAUCAGGAAUAAUAACAGACAGACUGGAGUUGCCACAGAUGGAGAUGCCAAUGCCAAUGAAAUACAAAGGGGAGAUGGGAACGCAACUGAAGUCAUUGGCACCUUUUCUUCACUGGUGUCUCACAGUGAGGAGCAAGACAAAAUUAUCAUUUGGGGCACGGAUUCACAGUGUGAUGACCCAGAACUGGCUGAGUUUGAGAUGCUGGAGUGUCAGGAGCUGGAAGCGUACCUGGUAGAGGAAGACGAAACCUACUGUAAAGAUUCAGGAGCAAUAGCAAAACACCUGUCUUACAAAGCCACUCCAGCCGAAGCAAUGCGCUCCAAAGACGACAGUGGGGAAGAUAAGAGUGCCUCGCAGCAUUUUUCAAAGGAGCAUGAGCCUGCGGAUUCUCAAAUAUCUAACCACAAGGGGAUAGAAACAGAACGUACCGGGGCUGAAUACAGUUCUGAAAAUGAUGUUUUUGUUUCUUGCCUGUCCACAAUGUCCAGUCUUACCUCUCAGUCUUGCCUCACCAUCUCAGAUAGGAGCAGGAGUACUUCACAUGGAGAUGGGGCUCAGGUUCAUUAUGGAAAAAGCACUACCCAUGUGGGAAGUGUUGACCUUAACCUUAACUCUACUGUUCUGGCUGAGGAACCCAUUUUAGAAGCACAAGAAAACCAACCAGCUCAAGACAUGAGGAUAAGCCCCUGCAAGGAGAGCUCAGGUCCACUAACAAACAGCGUGAGUGAAUGUAACUGGAGCAUAUCUAAUGCAAAAAGAGAGCACAAUCAAACUGUAAGUUCCCAUCAGGACACAGAAGAUACCCAAUGUUUGCCUGUGGAAGAACAUGAGCUUAGACAUGAGCCAUCUGUACAAAGAAAAGGUUAUACUGAAGCAAAAACAAUUUCAGACCAACAGUGUUUGAAACAGGCCAUCAAAUCAGAAAGCAUCCAGUCUCUCUCUGCUACGGAAAAGACCCAGCAGGAAAUUGGCCAUAAGAUUCACAGCAAACAAUUCCAAGGUGAGGAAAACUCUGACCUGGGCCGAAAAACUUCUGAAUCAGGUUCAAAAGGGACAACCACACAUCCUUUAGGUACUGAGUCAAAAGCAUUCAAAAAACAAGGAUCUUUCGAGAGAGCACGUAGUGCAAGUCCGUCCAGUCUUGAAAAGCGGAGACCAUGGGGAAGCCCUUCUCGACCUGCGACUCCUCCAUCCCCUAAAACACAGUGGUCUCCAAGAAGAAGGGUGCUAUCGUCUCCAGCUAAGGCUGCCAGUCCUAGAGCCACAAGCCAGGAAAGAAGUGAUUCUCCUCAGAGAAGUGGUAUAAGGCCCCCCAGUAAAAGCCAUCUCAGCAGUUCCAUCCCAAAACCAAUUCCUCCUCCACAACCUCCUAAGGCAGAGCCUGAGAGCAAGAACCUGAAAUCCUCCCCACCUCAAAAACCCAAAAAUGUCCGACCAAAAAUCAUUACCUAUGUGCGUAAGAACCCGCAGGUAAAGACACAUUCAGCUGAAGGCCCAUAUGAAGUAUCUACACUACCUCCAAGGCUUACUGCAUACACCAGCCCAUCAGCCACAAAAGAACAGAAAGCAGGAGGAUCUAAGGCCUCACCGGUGCUAAGUUCCUCCAACAUCCUCUAUGACAAGUAUCGUCAGGAGAUGCAGAGAACGGGACAUUACUCACCAGGUCUGCAUGUGACUGGGCUGAGGCCUCCUGGUCAUAGUGGUCCUCAUAAGUUGGUGGGCAAAUCAGAGAGUUUCCAUGGAGAGCUACCUGAGAAGUAUUUGUAUGAGGUGGGAAGAGGAUCUGGAGGACCCUCUGCUCCUCAGUUUACUCCACAUGAGGUUGCUGGUGUUUACCGCUCCCCUAGAACUCUCAGGCCUCAGCUUGGUGUUGGAGCUGUCGCUAGGCAACCUGCAGCCAAAAACAGGAUAAUGAUGACAGGUCAAAGGUCAUCCUUAACCCUCAGCCAUCCAAUUUCUGCUGCUCAGCCCACCCACUUUUUCCAAGACGCCACAGUGGAGCAAAAGAAACCACCCCCAGAGACUGCACCGAAGUCCCUACUCCCUAAACCAGGUCAGUCCGGUUUACGGCCUCCUGGUUUCUCUCACUUACCGGCUGCUCGACUGGCUGCCUUUGGCUUUGUUCGGAGUGCUAGCGUGUCCUCCGUGUCCAGCAACCAAUCAAAUGACAGCACCCACAGUGAUCCCUGCAGACCCUCAACUCGUCCGAGUAGUGGCAGCGAGGAGACGCCACCCCACAAGCCGUCUCUACCCCCCGGCGAGACCAGCAGGCCGUCCAGCCGGGGCAGCCCCCAGCCCCCUAACACCCCCGCACCCACCAGACGUUCCCUCAUCCCCCCACCACGCAGCUCCCCCGUGGCCUCCAGGAAGGAAUUUCAGAAGGAUGCUGACGUUGCUCGACCGCCUUUGUCGUCUCCAAAGAGAUUUGCAGUGGUGUCUCCCAAGCCUCAGUCACCUGUGCGUCAGAAAUCAUGUGUAGCUCGGCUGGGUGGGAGCGGCGGAGGUGUGCAGGUGGAGGCCGUGGAUGUGGAGAGGGCGGUGUUGCUCCAGAGGCUGAGGGAACAUUGCGAAGAGCAGUCCAGGCAAAUCCACAGUCUCCAGGCCGAGCUGAAGAAAGCCACGCUGGGCCUGGAGGUCUUCGCUAUCACUACCCAGCACUUCUGCCUGAAGAGUGAAAAUGCGGCCGUGAAGGAGAGGGAGCUGUCCCUGGAGUUGGCCAGGAUCAGGGAUGAAGUGGCGGAUACCGUGGCGCGUUGGGAGCGUCUGCAGGGAGAAAAGCAGGACUUGGAGCAGCGUUUUGAGCGGGAGCUUAGGAGCCUGCGGGAGCAGCAGCAGAGUGAACUGGAGGCCCUGCAGGAGCGCCUGAAGGCCCAGCACCUGGCUGAGAUCGAGCUCCUAAGGCAAGAGCAAGGCGGUCAGCUACAGCUACUGCGCUCUCAGCACCAAGACCAGAUGGAGAAGAUGAAUGAGAGUCACGAAGCAGCCAUGUGUGAGAUGGACUCCACUCACAGCGCUACUCUGGCCACUCUACAGGAGGAACACGCAAGGACUGUGAAGAAUCUGAAGAUGGCACAUGAGCAGCAGAUUAAGUCACUGGAGGAGGAAUUUGAGAAACUGAGGCUGUCACUGCAGGAUCAGGUGGACACGCUGACGUUUCAGAACCGGAGCCUACGAGACAGAGCCAAACGAUUUGAGGAGGCACUGCGGAAGAGCACAGAUGAACAGAUUGUGGAUGCUUUGGCUCCGUACCAGCACAUAGAGGAAGACCUGAAGAGCCUAAAAGAGGUUCUGGAAAUGAAGAACCAGCAGAUCCACGAACAAGAGCUGAAGAUUGCGGAGUUGGAGAAGAUGGCUCAAAAGAAUGUGGUUUUGGAGGAACGCGUCCAGGUCUUGCAGCAGCAGAAUGAGGAUCUGAAGGCCAGAAUAGAUCUCAAUCUUGCCAUUUCCAGACAACUGUCAGAGGAGAAUGCGAAUCUACAGGAGUACGUUGAAAAGGAGAGCAACGAGAAGAAGCGCCUGAGUCGCACGAACGAGGAGCUGCUUUGGAGGCUGCAGACGGGCGAGCUGAGCCCCCACAUGUCCCCCACCCAGUCGCCCAUGCACCGCGCCUCCUCCGGGCCGUCGUCUCCUUCCCGCCUCCAGCAGUUCCCCAGAUAA